AUGACCGACGUGGCAAAAUUGCUAAGUAAGUUAUCCAACCCCGUCCCCCCGUAUGUCUUGGGGUGCUUACCGGCGAUUGCAACAAUAGGGGCAGCACCUAAGGAUGCUUUUAUCGAUAAGCUCCUAUGGGUGGUACAAUGUCUUGCUUGUCCCUUCUUAGGCCUGUUUUACACCUGCAAUGUGAGGAGCAACGAAACAGCAAUCUACUGGCUCCCAAGUAGGUGUUUUAUCGGGGUAGAUGGAAGUGAAAUCCAUCACAGACCUUUCGGACAUCGCGCCAUGAUGGUAAUUAAGCCUGGGGCGUACUCGGAAAAACCCGGUGCAAAUUCAUCCCUACUCACUGACAUAUCCAAUACAAAUGCAUCGGCGCUAAGAAAAGUGGAAGAGUGCAUAGCAAAUGCAUCGGUGCUGGAAAGAUUAUCUUCACUGGCGUCAGCAUAUUACAUAAUGCUCGGCGCGAUUAUUGCAAUAUCCAAGGUGGUAAGACCACAUACCUGUGACGAUUGGCCAUAUUUACCAUUAGCAUUAGCUUGGACAUUGCCAGCUAUCUACAGACGAACAGUUCAUGGGAGACUAAUAGUCAGGGAUCCUAAGAAAAGCUUAGGAGACGAUAAAAUAAUCGUGAAGAAAUUCGAUGACGACGACGAUAAAGAACACAUGCACAUCCGUGUUGUACUAACCGCCUUAGCGUCAAUAGCUGUUCCUUGGAUAUCGGUGCUCUUGGCCUACUUUACACCUCCAAAAGGAUUUUUUUGUCGGAGCAGAUAUCUCACAACCUUUUGCACCAUAUGGUCAUUCAAUAGUAUUGUGGCAUACAUACACCACUGGGUGGAGGAACGAAAUAAGAUUUUUGAUCGUAUAGUUCGCAUUUGGUUUUCCAUUUCUGGUAUCGGGGUAGCAAUUCUUUUGCUUGUACUAGCUGUGCUAAGCAACGACGCAUCAUGGUGGAAAACAAUACCAUCGUUUCGAGAUCAUCGUAUUAUCUAA